AUGUCGAUUCCUAAAGAAACCCGACAAAUUUUAGAGGGACUGAGUCUAGAUUCAGACUUUCUCUCGUCAGAUUCCUCGCUGAGUGACAUACCCAACGAUUUCGACCGUGAAGCUGAACCCCUGCUCGAUCCAACACACGAUUCCUCUACGAAAAGCAUAGAACUUCUAUCGCCACCGACCACAUCACCCCCUAGUACUCCACUGAAACAGACCAAUUUACUUUGGCCUGAGACUCCACGGAUUUCAAAGCCUAAACUUCCCAAGGUCUCGCCUUAUUUUCCGGCCCUUUUGGACGAUCCAGAAUCGUGUUUGCCGUUUCCACCUGUCGAUGCGCCAUUAUUUGGUCUUAUUCAAGAACAGCUUGCCCACGAUCCCUUCAGGCUCCUGAUUGCGACAAUAUUCCUCAACCGCACUCGAGGUGGGGUCGCCCUUCCUGUCUUAUUCAAAGUGUUUGCUCGUUACCCAACUACCGAUGCGAUGGCGACCGCAGACCGGACUGAGCUUGUAUCCAUGAUCCACUGUUUGGGUUUUCAGAAUCAGCGAGCAAGGAAGUGUAUUUCUAUUGCGCAAAUCUGGCAAACCAACCCUCCUGUUAAAAACAAGCGAUACCGCAAACUGCACUAUCCCCGGAAGCUAGAUGGUCGAGAUGUUGGUCCAUUCGAAUGUACCGACGACGAGGACCAUCGGGUAGCAUGGGAGAUUGCGCAUUUACCAGGUGUGGGAGCCUAUUCCUUGGACAGCUGGCGCAUAUUCUGCCGAGACGAAUUGCGUGGACUUGCGACGGACUGGAAAGGGAGUGGUGCCACUACGGACGGAUUUGUUCCCGAAUGGAAAUCCGUGCUCCCCCAAGACAAGGAACUACGCGCUUAUCUGACCUGGAUGUGGCUCAAGGAGGGCUGGAUCUGGGACCGUCACACAGGCGACUUGACCCCAGCAAGUGAAAAGAUGAUGAAGGCCGCACAGAAGGGCGGGGUGGCACACGAAGAGGAUGGUAAUUGGAUACUCGAAACGUCACCAGUGAGGAAGGCUCCAAAUGGAUUCCAAGUAGACUGA